AUGUCCAGUGAGUUGGAUCUGAAUUCCAACUUUAAUCCGCAUCUGGAGAGAUUCUGUUUUCCUGUGGACGAAGUAGCCGAGCUACCGGGUCCCUCCGUCUGCUGUCCCGGAAAAUUGCGGUUUCAGCUGGCUUUGGAUGGCGAACGUGAAGAUAGGGGAUGUCGGGUCCUGGAGAUGGGCGGAAUCCGACGGUUAUUCGUGAACCUCAAUAAGUGCUUUAUCCUUGACGUCACAUUCCGGAUUCCACUUACUCCAAUGAACUUGGCUAUUCGGAUUGUCCCACUCUUUGUGUCACCCCAGCGAUGGGGCGAUCCAGUUUUGCGGUGUGCAAAUCACACGGAGGCCAGUGAUCCAGAGACAGAUGUUAUCAAGCGUCGCAGCUUCAUAACUGUGUCUUCCCCUGAUACAGUGUACGCCUUCGCUGGUCCGAAGUUGCGGGGCGACCAUCUCAAUCUCUGCAUACCGAUAAAUAAGCUACGAUCUGCUGCUAGCGGGAUCAAGGUGGAGGACAGUGUGUCAAGUUCACAGGAGCAGUUGCCUCUGGUGACUGAAAACAUUGCCUGUCGGCUCCACUGUUUUAGCAGCUGUUUUGGGCCGGAGGACAAAGGACGAAUUGAACUUGUCGUCAGACUGGAGGACCUCACAGGGCCCGAGCCUAUCAUCCUCGGAAUGGAUCGUGUGGAGGUGCGCUGCUCUGCGACACCAUCGAGGGAUAUUAAUCGCCUGCUGGACCGCUUGUCCAAGAGCUGUAGCAGUGCGGACGGUCAUACGGCAACGGCAGUGGUCUCUCCGAUGUCUGGCUCCAGAAGGAGAAGCUUAGCGCUCACGUCAACCGAUUCAUCCUUCAACUCCCAG